GGAUUACGAGCGCACAACUCCAAACCGCAUCCAUCUGUCCCCGGGUACAAAUGGACUCGACAAGAUACAGUCUUGAUUCCGAACCGGAGCUGGUCUCGGAAUAUAGCUAUGGUGAGCGACAUCGCUUCUCCGUCUCCGCCCAUCAUGUUGUGCGACAGACUCACUUAUGUACAAUUUUCACCCCGUAAACCUUCGUCUGCCGGCGGACAUGCUCAUUCAGCUCACAGCACGUCUGAGCACCGCACACUCACGCAGGAGCUCCUCGGACGUGUCGCGUACGACCAGGACUCUGUCUUCGAGCGACUCCGCAUAUUCGAUGAGGACGCCACGGUCAUUGACCGCUGCCACGGACGUUACCAAGUGGAGCAGGCGCAGAAUCUCGAGGACCUUGUCGGGAUCUCUCGCGACCCCGACGUCGUCUCUCGCGGUGUAAGUCGUGGGGACGGAAAUGAACAGACGUGGCAGGAUCGGAAGCAUCAGGAGACCGAAGUCGAAGCACAGAUGUAUGGCCCUCUGCAAAACAUCUUCGACUUCCUGACUGAUUUUGACGGGCCGCAGCACGCGCAGCGUCGGUUUAUCAUGGCUUCCAAUAGUACACACCAUUGGGAGGCCCCGGAGUCAGCGGAAGAAGCAUACACCCCCGGUUUUGCGAGAUCACGUCCCGACUUCGAUCUUGUCCGCGGCGAAACUGAAGCGCACUAUUGGGACAGUUACCUGGGGUUUGCCGAGAUCAUGGUCGACCCGACUGAAAACGAACCGCCCAGGGAUUUACAGAAAACGGUCGCUAACGCUGUGUUGCAGUGUGCGGACCACGCGCGCAUCCAUCUCUCCUGCCGGCAGUUUUGGAUUUUCACAGUCGUACUCUUGAUUACGGGCACGGACUUCCGAGUCAUGAUCGUGGAUCACGGCGGUGUCCUCCUCUCUCCUCUACAUAGCAUCAUUGAUGAUUCCGACCUCGGAUCGGCGGGCCCACGAGAUGCGAAGACGUUCGUACGGGUCGUUCGCGCGCUCACGCGUCUGUUGAGCGAUGACGCUCUCGGGAAGGAUCCUUCCGCUUCUUCGAUCACUCGUCGAGAGUUGGAGGGCUAUGCGGCACGAUCUGGCGAGAACCUCUCGCGCGAGCUCAGAACAAGGAUCCUUCCUGACGGCGAUGGAACCCGCUUCCCCUCAUACCUCGUUUCGUUCCCAGAGUCCGGCGGGAGAACCUGGUGUACCAUAGGUCCGCCUAUCUGGGUCUCUUCAUCACUCCUUGGUCGAGCUACGACCGUGUGGCGCGUGAUCGAGGUUGUCUAUUCGGAGAACGUCCAGCGUGUAUUCGCCGGCCGUCUUCAUGUUUUGAAGUCAUCGUGGCGUGACCCCCGUCGAUCGCGCGAGGCUGACAUAUAUACAUUAAUCAGUACCUUUGAAGACUGUCCGGCGGGAAUACCGCAGCUCGUAUGUGGCGGUGAUGUUACCUAUGAUGUCCCUCCGACAAUGAAGAAGCUUACGACGGCGGCCAUACGUGGGGCUGUGGAAGGACCGGAGUCGAGAGUGCUUCAUCGGAUCAUCCUCAAUAUCGUUGGCGAACCUCUGUGGAGGUAUACCGAUGAGCUCCAGUUGCUGUGUGCCUUCCGUGACAUUGUGCAAGUUCACCAGUACCUGUACGAGAAAGGAAUCCUCCAUCGUGACAUCAGUCCUGGUAAUAUGUUCCUCUGGACAGGCCCCUUGGCAGCAGCUGCAGGUUUCCUGUCCGACCUCGAUAUGGCACGUGUGGAUGAGUCUGUGCUUGGACACCCGGUACACCAGGAAGUUGCAGAACCUGUGCUGAAAGCCAUUGGGCCAACUGGUGAACGCAUCAUGACACAGCCUGCUGUCCGCACGCACAUCAGGUUCACAGAGACGAAACCUCGCGGUAUGCCUAUCACGGGUACACUUCAGUUCAUGGCUCUCCAGCUACUGGAAGCAAUGGACAACAACCAGCCAAUUGAACAUACAGUGGUUCAUGAUCUCGAGUCCAUUGGAAGUGUUCUUGGGUACUCCAUCUUACGACGUCUCCUGACUAUUCCGCGGCACCCUGGACCACUCUCAAAGGUAUUCAAGGACAUAUUUGGUGCCAUGGAAGUGAAGCGCAUUGUUCUGCAGCGAACGCGCAGGCAGCCACUGUCCUGGUAUGUUGAAGUCAAAGAUGCUGUUACAAAGCACUUUAUUACAGACCAUCUCUCCCCCCCUGUUGCUGAGGUGAUGAACUGCCUUGAGAGGGCCAUCAAGGCUGCUCAUGAGGCAGACCGGAACAACGAGAAGCUUGAUAUGUAUCCUCGUUUGAGCAGGGACUCUAGCACCAAUGCAGUUUGCACCCAUGCAUACUUCCUGGGUGUUCUCAAUGAAGCCAUUGAGGAGCUGGAGCAAACUCCUUCACUAAUGAAGAGGGUUGGGACUGCAUCUCAGUAGCCAAAGCAUAGCUUAGGUACAGCAAGUCAUAUAGCUGUCUAGAAUUGAAUUGUUGUUGGUUGUCAGCUGUCACAACUCACAAUGUAAUAUCAAGCAUGACUCACUUAGAUCAUAGUACGUGAUUGACAUGGGCUUCCAG